CGCGGUGUCCUCCGCUCUGCGAGAGGGAAGAGGGCUGAGGACCUCUGUGACCAGGCCAGAAGCCUCCCGGCCCCAGGCGCACAGGAUGGACGCGGGCCCCGGCUGCAGGGGCCUCCUGGGACUCUGCCUGCUGCUGCUCCUGCUGGCGCGGCCACUGCGGGGACAGUCCAGCCCCAGCUGCUACGGGAUCCCGGGGAUGCCAGGCCUGCCGGGGGCCCCUGGGAAGGACGGACAUGACGGGCUGCAGGGCCCCAAGGGCGAGCCCGGAAUCCCAGCCAUCCCUGGCACCCGAGGACCCAAGGGCCAGAAGGGCGAGCCGGGCCCAGCCGGCUACCCCGGGAAGAACGGCCCCAUGGGACCCCCUGGGGCGCCGGGGGACCGCGGCCCCAGUGGGCUUCCCGGGGAGCCCGGGGAGGAGGGCAGGUACAAGCAGAAGCACCAGUCGGUGUUCACGGUCACCCGGCAGACCUCCCAGUACCCGGCGGCCAACGGCCUGGUCAGGUUCAACACGGUGGUCACCAACCCGCAGGGGGACUAUGACACGGGCACGGGCAAGUUCACCUGCAAGGUGCCCGGGCUCUACUACUUCGUCUACCACACGUCGCACACGGCCAACCUGUGCGUGGUGCUCUACCGCAGCGGCGUCAAGGUGACCACCUUCUGCGACCACAUGUCCAACAGCCGGCAGGUCAGCUCGGGCGGCGUGCUGCUGCACCUGCAGGCGGGCGAGCAGGUGUGGCUGGCCGUCAACGACUACAACGGCCUGGUGGGCACCGAGGGCUCCGACAGCGUCUUCUCGGGCUUCCUGCUCUUCCCCGACUAGCCGCCGGCCGGUGGACUCCUCCUCCAGGAAGCCCACCCUGACUCCCCACCCCGCCCUCCUGUCCCCUCCCCCUCUGAGCUCCUCUCGGGGCCACUGCUUGUCCCGUUCCUGAACCAGUACCUCCUGGGACCGUCAUUCAUUUUUAUCUGUUCAGGUCUUGGAAGAGGGGGGGAUGGACGAAUAAAUAAUUAGACCCCUA